AUGCGCGACGGAAAGGAGAAAGAUGUCGAGGCUGGCUGGGGCUCUGACGCGACUGCCCAACACUCUCAUGAACAUGCAGAAACCGAACCUCCCCCACCGUCCCUCAGUGACAGAGACAGCAUCGAGCAAGAAGUGUUGACGGAAAAGCUCGAACGUGGGCGCAGCCGACAAGAGCGAAAAACAGACCCCUAUGAAGAAGACGUUGUCGAGAGAGUGCUCAGCAGACAGCCCUCUCAAAUCACCACCAGGACGAGGCGCUCUUUCGCCAGUUCCCGGCGCACCAAGCUCCCUCCGCCUCCGCCAGCACCCAUACCGGUUUCUGACCUCGACAACGGUGUCGUUGGCUGGGAGAGCCAAGAUGACCCCGAGAUGCCCAUGAACUUUAGCGCAAAGCGUAAGUGGACCAUAGUCGGCUUCGUCGCCGCCAUUACGUUCCUCACCCCUUUUGCCUCGACCAUUCUGGCCCCCGCGAUUGGGUUUCUGGCCGAGGACUUCAGUGGAAACGGAGAGGCUGAUCUCACCAUGGCCUCCUUUCCCAUCAGCAUCUAUCUCCUCCUCGGAUACGCUAUAGGGCCUCUCUUCCUCUCCCCUCUAUUUACGGCCGUCACAUUGUUCUCUCGAUCCGGCUGCCUGACCAUCGGAGGUGGCAUCAUUGCCGAUAUCAUACCGGUCCACCAGCGUGGCCGCGCCAUUACCAUCUGGAUGCUGGGCCCGCUCAUCGGCCCCACCAUCGGGCCGCUCAUCGGUGCCUUUGUUGCGCAGGACAUCGGUUGGCGCUGGACGGGCUGGAUCGUCUUGGCUGCCUCUGUUCCCAUGGUUGUUGCCAUCGCUAUCCUAUCACAAGAGACCAACGCCCGUGUACUCAUUCAAAGGAAGACGGACCGCCUCCGCAUCGAACUCAACCGUCCCGAUCUACGGUCCGUCUACGUGGACGCAAACGCGGCACCGCAGUCCAAGUCCAUGGUCCUUGCUCGUGGACUGACCCGGCCCCUCAAGAUGCUCUUCCUUUCGCCGCUUCUCUUCUCCCUGUCCCUGUAUAUUGCCUUCUGCUACGGCGUGCUAUACCUGCUCUUCAACACCAUUCCUCUCGUCUUUCAGGAUCAGUACGGCUUCUCGCUCGGCAUGACGGGCCUCGUCUACAUACCUAUGGGCAUCGGCUACGGUGUUUCUCUCGCCCUCUUCAACUACAUCUCCGACCGCACUGUUAUCCGUCUCACCGCCGCCAAUCACGGCGUAUAUGAACCGGAAAUGCGCUUGCCGGACUGUGUUUACUUCGCCUGUCUGUUGCCUCUGACCUUUUUCUGGUAUGGCUGGUCCGCCUACGCCCAGGUCCACUGGAUUUCCCCCAUCCUCUCUCUAUUGCCCUUUGGCCUCGGCCUCGUCGGCGUCUGGCAGCCCAUUCAGGCGUACAUCAUCGACGCGUUCCCCGAGUACGCGGCCAGCGCUCUCGCCGCUUUCACGGUCUUCCGGAGUGUCGUCGCUGCGUUUCUGCCACUGGCGGGGCCCAAAAUGUACGACGCCCUCGGCCUGGGGUGGGGAAACAGCUUGUUGGGGUUCGUGGCUAUCGCGCUGAUCCCAGUGCCGGCUUUGAUAUGCAAGUAUGGCGCGAGGUUCAGGGCGCAAAAGUUGAACCUGUAG